CUUUUUCCAUGGCUUCUAUUGGAACAAUUACCAUUCCUGUCAAACUGAGAACUGCUACUGCCAGAGUUUCAAUCAGUUCCACAAGCUGUAGCGUGACCUGUGGCAUGGGUUACAAGGUUGAAGAAACAUGUCAGAUUGGGCCUAAUGGUGAAAGAAGAUACUGUGACAUUCAAAAAGUGGAGUGCUUGACCAACUGGAUCUGUGGGAUGCUCCAUUUCACCAUUCUUGUGGGUAAGCCUUUUGAAUUCUGGUGCUUAUCUCCAAUAGAAAUUGGCCCAGAUAUCCAGAGCUUCAGUUAUUCAUGGAGGUUAGCCAGAGGUAUCAUUACCACUGAUGAUGCUCUCUUUAAACCAUUCAAGACUACUGGCUUUGUCAUUAAGCUUUCCCCAGCCAAGGAAUAUGAUGCAGGGACAUAUAGGUGUGAUGUGCAAUUCAUGAGAACCUAUAAGAUUGUCAAAAGAAUCUACUUUGGAGUUCGUGUGAUCCCUGGUCACUUGGUGGAUCUGAACUUCGACAAAUUCUUGACUCUGGAACAGCAUUUAGAAAGCGAGAAUGAAAAAAACCAGCAGAAUGUCACCAAUGUUCCUGUCCAGGAGCAGCAGCAGUCUUGGCGCCAAAGAGCUCUGUUUGUAUUUUUAAUAGGCAUUGGAAGCGGUGUGGUAGGAGGAAUCUUGUUGCACAACAUUUUCUACUAUUUGGUGAAGGUUCCCAAUAACUAUGGAUAUGUGGAGGAAUAAAAUGUUUGUUCUUGUAGUCUUGCUGUAUGCCGACUGCUAUAUUUCAUCAUU